AUGCCACCCAAGGGUGCCAACUUGAAUAAAAUGGUGGUGGUGGGGAGCCCUGGUGCAGAUCGCUUAAACUUCACUCAAGGUAUGGAGGACACCACAGGAGUGGCCAAACUUAGGUUGCUGAAGUCUACCCACUUGGAGGGUCUGAGGAACAGCACCCAAGUGACUGAGUUCAUCCUGACCGGACUGUCACAUGAACGUGGGGUCCAGCUUUUCCUCUUUGCCCUGUUCCUCACUUUCUACAUGAUUGUCCUGCCAAGCAAUGUGCUGAUCAUCAUCACCAUCCGGGGUGACCCUCAUCUCAGCUCACCCAUGUAUUUCCUAUUGGCCAACUUGGCAUUCCUGGACAUCUGGUAUUCCUCCAUUACUGCCCCCAAGAUGCUAGUUGAUUUUUUUGCUGAGCGCAAGAUCAUUUCUUUCUGGGGCUGCAUUGCUCAGCUCUUCUUCCUCCACUUUGUGGGUGCCUCUGAGAUGUUCCUGCUCACGGUCAUGGCUUAUGACCGCUACGUUGCCAUCUGCCGUCCCUUGCACUACUCCGCUAUGAUGGGCCGGCGCUUAUGCAUCCUACUGGUGAUAGCCUCUUGGGCUGGGGGCUUUGUCCACUCUCUCAUCCAAGUUGUGCUGAUCCUCCGCCUUCCAUUCUGCGGACCCAAUGAAUUGGACAAUUACUUCUGUGACAUCACCCAGGUUCUGAGGAUCACCUGUGCCAACUCCUUUGCUGAGGAGAUGGUCAUGAUAUUCAGCAGUGGCCUCAUCUCUGUGGUCUGCUUUGUGGCCCUCUUGGUUUCCUACAUCUUCUUGCUCACCAUGCUGAAGAAGAACACUGGAACAGGGAGAUCACCACAGCUAUGAAGAAGGUGGUCAACAGAUACCUCCUGUGCAAGAAAACAUGAGAUCAAUAGAAUGGUAGUAAUCCUGGGGUCUUCCUUGCAUGACCAAGGGUGAGAA